AUGUCCCGGCCCAGCAGCACAGCCAUUUACUUGCACCGGAAGGAGUACUUGCAGAGCCUCACCUCAGAGCCCAGCUUCCUGCAGCACAGGGUGGAGCACCUGAUGACGUGUAAGCUAGGUACUCAGAGAGUCCAGGAGCCCAAGGAUGCCCUGCAGAAGCUGCAAGAGAUGGAUGCGCAGGGCCGUGUGUGGAGCCAGGACUUGCUCCUGCAGGUCAGAAAUGGCUGGCUCCAGCUGCUGGACAUCGAGACCAAGGAGGAGCUGGACACUUAUCGCCUGGACAGCAUCCAGGCCAUGGAUGUGGCGCUCAACACUUGCUCCUACAACUCCAUUCUGUCCAUCACAGUGAAGGAGUCAGGACUGCCAACCUCCAGCACUCUGCUCUUUCAGUGCCAGGAAGUGAACGCAGAGCAACUGAGGGCAAGCCUGCAGAAGGCUCUGGAGGAAGAACUAGAGCAAAGACCCCAAUUUGGAGCCCUUCGCCCAGGCCAGGGCAGAUGGCGGGGGCCCCCUCUGGACCAGGGGUUCCUUCCAGAGCAGCCUCAAAGGAUGACACCAGAGCACAGAAUGCCACCAUCCCCAAGGCCCCUGUCUCGCCAUCCCAGUGCCCGAGAACCAAGUAACUUCACUCUACCUCCUCCAAGGCGGUCCCUAUCCCUCAGGGACCCAAAUGAGGAUGAGGAGGUGUUGAACCACAUCCUAGAAGACAUUGAGUGGUUUGUGGGAAAGCUAAAUGAGGCCCAGGAAAAGACCAGCAGUAAGAAGAAGAGACUGUGGAAGAAAAAGAACAAGAAUCAGGGAGGGAUAACAAAGGAACAGUACAUCGACUGCUUCCAGAAGAUCAAGUACAGCCUCAACCUCCUGGGGAAGCUGAGCAGCAGGUUGCAGGAGCCGAGUGCCCCUGAGCUCGUGCACCUCAUCUUCCAAACUCUGGACUUUAUCAUAGCCCACUGCCCUGAGUCUGGCCUAGCAGCCCAAGUGAACUCACCACUCCUUACCCCCAAAGCCAUCGACCUGCUGCAGUCCUUUCUGACCCCAACUGAGAGUAACCUCUGGAAGGCGCUAGGCGUGGCCUGGACCACCAAUUGGGCAGAAUGGACAGGCCCAAAGCCCCUGCCCUACAUACCCACAUUCUAUGAUGGCUGGCAGCCUCCAGAGACCUUCUCUAACCAGGCACCCCUAGAAUACCAGGACUCCCUCAACAUCCUGCCCUCCGGCCCCAGACCUGCCAAGCAAGCCCUGAAAAUGCAAGUCCUAUAUGAGUUUGAAGCUAGAAACCCACAGGAACUGACUGUGGUCCCAGGAGAUAUGCUGGAGGUUCUGGACCAGAGCAAGCGGUGGUGGCUGGUGAAGAACGAGAUGGGACAGAGUGGCUACAUUCCCAGCAACAUCCUGGAGCCCCUACAGUCGGGGGCACCUGGAAGUCAGGGCCAGUCACCCCCUCGGGCUCCAAUGCUCCGACUCAGCUCAAAGCCUGAGGAGGUCACAGCCUGGCUGCAGGCAGAGAACUUUUCCUCUGUCACGGUGAGGACCCUUGGGUCCCUAACGGGGAACCAGCUGCUUCACAUGAGACCUGGGGAACUACAGAUGCUGUGUCCACAGGAGGCCCCCCGGGUUCAGGCACGGCUGGAGGCUGUCAGAAGGAUGCUAGGGAGCCCCAAGAAUUCCUCUUCCAAGUCACCAGUGAACCCCACACCCCUGCUCACACAGGAUGAGGAGGCCACAAGGACGUUGCCACAGCGGCACAAGCUGCACAGGCGCGUGAACCUCGGUGUGCGCGCGGAGGGAGGGGUCAUCAACGGAGAGCGGCGUUAG